GUUCAGAUCACGCACAGCUAUCUCCCGCAAACGAUCGUGUUCUUCGUGUCACACCGAAAAUCUUCACUUGUUUUGUUUGGUUUUUCGUCGUUGUUGCUGCUUUGAGUGAAACAUCUAUUCGAGAUGCCUAAAACGGUGAUUCAGAUGCCAAACGGAGGAGGUUCGUCUGGAGGUCACUUAAAUGAGUCCCAGAAUCGAGGCGUUCGGAUUGGGUGCUGUCGGGUUUGUACCUGUAUCAAUUUGGAGUUUUUCAUGUCGAAAAAUGGGACCCUGAAGAUAUUCGAGCUUAUCCUCGGCUCGUUUUGUCAAACGUUGCUGAUUCAGUUCGGGAUGGAUUCGGCCAAUGAUAUUGCAGAGGCGUUUCAUGGAUUUUUAAUGACAGUAUCAGCCUGUUUGACGACGACUACCAUUCUGCUGCUGUGCUACGCGAUUUCGUCCAGGACGUUUCAUCUGGUGCGGCAGAGCAUUUUCGAGGUAAUGUACAAUGGAAUCGCUUGCUUCAUGUAUCUGAGUGCCUCGUUGUAUCUUGGAUUCGCUGUGAUCGUAUGGCUCUACCCUAAAUAUGUACUCUCCAAGAUCACCGGAGGACUCUACGGUGCCUAUCCAGCCAUGACUGCAGUUUACUACAUGGGGACAAUCGUUGGAAUCGUAUACGGUAUGGAUGCAAUCGUGGCAUAUCGGUGUUUGAAAAGAUAUUCUUAAGAGCUUUUAAAUAGUUAAUUAGAGUGUAUUAGAUAGG